AUGAAUAAUUGGGGUUCGGAUAGGCAUUUCAAUGCACGCCCAAGGAAUGUAUCUUUAAGCUUAACCGAUUUUAAGUUUUAUAAAAAUGAAAAAAGAAAAAUAGUGAAUAUGGAAGUAUCACCAUGCAAAUCAUAUCUGAACAUAUGUGAUUCUUUUGGAACAAUAUAUAUAUAUCAAUUUUAUAAUAACACAUUUAUUUUUUUAUUAAAAGGAGAAUUAUCGAAUGAUCUUGGUUCUAUAUGUUCAUCUAUAUGGGUAACUAAAAAAAAUAAAAAAAUAAAAUAUUUAUAUUUAUUUAAUAAAUUAGAAGAUUAUUUAUUAUUUAUUGCUGCAAUCUCUGGAUGUAUAUACAUAUUUGAUUUGGAACUUAAAACAACUAUACAUACAAUAAAUACUAAUGGUAGUAUAUCUUCUUGUAAAUUAAAUAAUUCAUUGCAAACUAUUGGAAUAACAAAUUUAAAUGGUUAUUUUAAUAUUUAUAAUUUAUAUAAAAAUGAAGAUAAUAUCAUAUAUAAUUGUUUUGACCAAUUUUAUGAGGAUACAAAAGAAAAUACCACAUCUUACAAUAAACACGAUGAAAUGAAUCCUGAAAAUUAUGAAAAUAUUGAAAAUACUGAAAAUAUUGAAAAUAAUGAAAAUAAUGAAAAUAUAAAAAUAAAAAUAUCAAAUGUGGCUUCAUAUAUAUUAGACAAUGUAGAAAAAGAUGAAUCAAACAUUGACACAAUAGUUCAAAAUUCUCUGGGAAAUUCUCUGGGAAAUUCUCGGGAAAAUUCUCGGGAAAAUUCCAACAAUUUGACUCCUGAAUUUUUUUCAAAAAAUAAAAAAAAAGAAGAAUACGAAGAAGAUAUCUUUAAUAUUUAUGUUAAAGAUCAAUUCAAAUGUGGUGAAAAAUUAACAUGUUGUUAUUUUGUUGACAUAUUUAAAUCUCGUAAAUUCCUUUUGAGAAUGCUUAACUCGAAAAAUUAUCACAAAAGAAGACGACUCAUGCAUCUAUCCGCAUCUGGAAAGAACCACCCCGACUCAGAAGCAGAGGUAGGCGAAGCAGAAGCAGAGGCGGACGAAAGUGAUGUAGCAGAGGAAGAGGCGGACGAAAGUGAUGUAGGAGAGGCAGAGGCGGACGAAAGUGAUGUAGGAGAGGCAGAGGCAGGCGACGAUGACGGUGACGGUGCGCUAACUCAAAACCGAAAGAGGAAAAAGAGUAAGAAAAGAGAUAUUGAGAAGGAAAUUCGAUCGAUCGAAAAAACAUAUAGCAACUAUAAUCACUAUGCAUUAAUAGGAAGUGAAGAGUCCAAAAUAUACAAAUAUAAUAUAGAUAGUAAAAUAUGCGAAGGUGAAUAUGUUAGCAUAAAUAAUAAAUCAAUAAUUUGGGAUGUCAUGUAUAUAUAUAAGACAGAUGAAGUAGUUGCAAUAGAUAACUGUGGAGACCUUAUUAUAUUUGAUUAUAAAUCAUAUUUAGUAAAAUGUUAUUUUAAAAAUCAUACAUUUAAAGCAAUAUCAUUAACAAAAAACGUUAAUGAAGAUUAUAUUUUUACAGCAGGGAUAGAUCGAUAUGUUAUAAAAUAUGAAUUGCGUUAUAACAAAAACGGAACACAAAAUUGGAACUAUGCAAAUAGUGAUGUUGAUUAUAGUGAUGGUGGCGAUAGUGGCGAUGGUGGCGAUGGUGGCGAUGGUGGCGAUGGUGGCGAUGGUGGCGAUGGUGUUGACCAUUCAAAUUUUAAAGAGAGUAAAAAUUUCGAACAAAAUAUAAUGAUUCAAAAAAAUAAAUUUUAUAUAAAUAAAAUAAAAAAAAUAAAAAAAUUAAAUAAAAAAUGGGUAUUUUCACAUAAACAUUCUAUGCAUUUAUCUGAUAUUAAAAAAAUAAUUUAUCUUGAAAAUGAUAUAGUAUUAACCAUAAGUGAUGAUUUAACAUAUUGUAUAUAUGAUACAAAUAAAAAUAUAAAAAAAUAUUUUUUUAUAAAAUAUUAUUAUGAAAACAACAAUAUUUUAUUUUCACCAAAAUUUAAAAUGAUCUUUUGUGUAUACUCUAAUCAGAUCACCAUUCACUACAACAUUCACACUACCCAUCAGCUUAGCGACACAUCGAUCGAAAAUGAAGAGAGAGGAAGUGGCGAUAAAAGAAGUGAUGAUGAUGAAGAGAGAGGAAGUGACGAUGAUGAAGAGAGAGGAAGUGACGAUAAAAGAAGUGAUGAAAAUCGCAUCUCUGUAGAUAAUUUAUCACAGCUAAACGAAUGCAACUACAACCCUAUAGCCAAUAUUGUAUAUGACAGUAAUGAGCGGAUAUCGGAAUACGGAAUAAAUAAAAGCUUUACAAAAUUGGGGUGUAUUACAAAUAAAAAAUUUUGUGUUUACAAUUUUGACAUGAAUAAGUUGGAACUAUAUAAUUAUGAUGUAUCAGCUUUGAAUUUUUACAAGAUCUAUAGUUUUACAUUUUUAAAUGAAAAUGAAAUUGUAGUUUCGUUAUCCAGAUAUUUUGCAGAAACAAAUAAUAAUAAUGAUAAUAAUGAUAAUAAUAAUAAUAAUAGUAGUAGUAAUAAUAAUAAUUUAGAUGCCAAUUUAAUGUAUUUAAAAAAAUAUAUUAAUUAUUAUUUAUGCAUAUAUAAUGUUAAAAAAAAAAAAAUUAUAGAAGAAGUUAAAGUAGAUAGAAUAUUUUAUAAUUUUAAAAAUUAUCAAAACAAAUUAAUAAUAUGUUCAGAUUAUAUGAAAAAUAUAUAUUUGUUUUUUAAAAAUUCCAAAAAAUAUUUAAACAAUUUUAUAAUGAUAUGUGAUUAUAAUAUAAAUAUACAAAAUAUCAAUAAAUAUUGUAUUAUAUUUUUUAUGAUAGAACAAUUUUUAUUUAUAUUUUCAAACAAUAAUAGAAUUUAUGUAUAUAUAAUAAAUUUUCAAGAUAAAAAUAUUUAUUUUUUUAAAUGUAUAAAAAUAAAUAGAUGUAUAUUUAAUCAAAUUAGUAAAAUUCAAUUUUUAAAUCUAGAUCGUAUUACCAAAGAAUCUGAACACAUUCAAAAAAAUUCUGACCAUAAUUAUGAUAUACAAAAUAUUAUGAAUUUAAAAUAUCGUUAUUGUUUAAUUAUUAAAUCGUAUGAUAAAUUAAUAUUCAUGGGACUAAAUUUAUUUGAUAAUAUUUAUGUAAACAUAGAAGAUGAAUGUUUAAAAAAACAAAUAAAAAAAAACACAAAUUAUUGUAGUCAAUAUUAUUUAUCUUCUUUAAAUUUUAAAUAUAACUAUCUUAAUUAUAAACAAAUAUAUUUUCAAGAUAAUAAUUUAUUUCAUACAAUUUUUAAUAAAAUUAAUACAUCUGAACAAAAUGAAAAUAAUAAUACAUCACUUUCAAAUAAUGAAAAAUCGAAUGUUACAGAUUUAAACAAUCCAUGUGAAACUGUUCAAAAUUAUGAUCAUGAUGUUUUCAAAUUAUCAUUUAGAUUUUUAUCAUGUAUAAUUAAAAGAGGUGUUAUAGAUAUCCAUUCUGUAUAUACUAGUGAAAAUAGAAUCACUAUUUUAGCUUGUGGUUCAUCAUAUUUAUCUAAUUCAUUAUUAGAUGCUGCAGAUACAAAGAAAUAUAUUAAAUAA